AUGAAAUGCCCUUCACCAAAGCCAACAAAUGGGAGCAUAAAUUCCACAUCUACGCAUUACCUUGCUGCUGUGACGGUCACGUGUGACGACGGAUACAAUUUGAUUGGUGAUUCUGAAAUACGUUGUGAACUUGACGCUACAUGGAGCAGCAGUCCAACGUGCAAAUUGAUAGACUGCGGCGACCCAACACCUGAUUUUGGAUAUAUCAACACAACAUCUACAACAAACGGAACUGUUGCCAUGGUUUCAUGUGACGAAGGACAUGAAUUACAAGGUGAAAAUGUAAUAAUCUGUCAACCCAGUGAGGAAUGGACAGAUAACCCCUCGUGUAUCAUUAAAG